CGCGUUGAAGGGUUGUUGGCGGGGAGGGUCAAAUUCGUCAAAAUACACGCCAACAUGCUCUCUCCGACCAAACCAACCUCCUCCGCCUCCGUCUCGGCGGCCUACACCACCAUUCCCAUCUCCGUUGGCGACGUUAUCUCCCGAUCCUUCCAGAACCUCUCCAACGCCGUCUCUCGCUACCGCCCGUGGCAGCAGGAGUUCGUGGCCGCCGGGGCCUUCGACCGGCCGGACUCGCUCUCGGCCGCCGGGAUCCGGCUCCGGCGGAACGCUAGGUACUUCGUCAUCAACUACGGCAUCAUCAUCGCGGCUUGCGCCGCGGCGACUCUCCUUGGCGCGCCGGUGGCGCUGAUGGUCUACGCCGCCGUCUUCGUCUUAUGGCUGGUCCUCCACUUCUUCCGCGAGGAUCCGGUGGUAGUUUGGGGCCAUCACGUUGAUGAUCGGCUCGUGAUCGGUGGCUUGGCUUUGGUCACCGUCCUGGCCGUCUGGUUCACCGGAGAGGUUACUUAUUUGUUGAAUGGAGUGGCUGUUGGACUUCUGAUCUCGGCGAUUCACGGUGCUCUGAGAAAUCCAGAUGGACUUUUUCUGGACGAAGAAGACGCUGUUUUCAACGGUUUGAUUGGAACUUCAUCUGCUUCGAGAUCUUACAGAUAGGAUUUCUCGAAUGUGUCGACUCUUUUGACUUACCUCUUGGAUUCUUACCUUGUUGACUUUGUGAUUAUAAUCUGAAUUGAGGAUUAGGUUUUCUAAAAUUUGAUUGGAAAACUGAUUGUGUGGAAGAUUUUUCUUGGAAGGGGAGUCAAGGGCACUGGUUGUCAAGUCUGCAUUGGUCUAGUAUUAUGAAUGUGCUUUUAUCUUGGGUGUGUGUGAGCGCUUUGUAAAUUGUAUUGUUGUCCAUUGGAAUUUGGAUCAACCAGAGAAGUUGAUAUUUGCAAUUUUGAGUGUCUAAAAGAUUGUUUUUGUUGAUACUGAUUUAUUAUGUUUGUUGUUGUGUGUCAAUGCUAUCUGAUUGAGUUUUAA